GACUAUAUAACCCUUGGUGUUGUCGCCGUGAAUCGAUUCCAAUCCGUCCAGCGAACACUCCUACGGUGAAGAUAACCAGACAACAACUCUUCUAUCAUUCCUAUUGUACUGCGAAGAAUACUUGAGACGCAAUGGCUCCUCCACCAGCGACAACCACGGAAGAGGAGCAAACACACCACGAAUCCACUGCCGUCAGCAACCCGUCCAGCAUCACGGGCAAACUCUGCACCUGGAUCCACGACACGACCAUCAGCUCCAUCCCCGACGACGUGGUGAGGCGCGCAAAGUAUCUCAUCCUCGAUGGCAUUGCCUGCGGUCUGGUCGGGGCGCACUUACCGUGGUCCGAGAUCGCGGCACGAGCAAUCUUCAACAUGGAACCCGAGGGCCAAUGCACGGUGAUGGGAUGGGGCGGGAGCAAGAAACUGUCGCCGCUCGCCGCGAGCAUCUUGAACAGCACCUUCAUCCAAGGCUUCGAGCUCGACGACUACCACUCCAACGCACCGCUGCAUUCGUGCUCCAUUCUCCUGCCUGCACUCUUCGCCGCCGCCGAGGCAGAGACUUCACGCACCUUCUCCGGCCAAGACUACCUCAAAGCGUUUAUCGUGGGCUGUGAAGUUGGGCCCCGCGUCGGAUUGGCUCUGCACGGCAUGGACCUUCUCUCGCGUGGCUGGCACUCCGGAGCCGUGCAAGGGCCCUCGGCCUCCGCCGCGGCCGUGUCCUCCCUGCUGGGCUUGCCGCCCGGGUACAUCGAGUCCGCGCUGGGGAUAGCCUGCACGCAAACCGGCGGCCUGAUGUCGGCGCAAUUCGGGUCGAUGGCGAAACGCAUGCAACACGGCUUCGGGGCGCGCAACGGCCUCUUCGCGGCCUUGCUCGCGAGGGGAGGGUACACGGGGAUCCAGGAGGUGUACGAGACGCCCUACGGCGGCUUCCUAUCCAUGUUCUCCGAGGGCGUGACCAACUUCACCCCCAAGUCACUCCCGGACGAGCUCAUCAGCGGGCUCGGGGAGAAGUGGGAACUGCACGGCAUUCGCGUCAAGCUGCACGCCGCCAUGGCCGGGCUGCACGGGACGAUCGACUGCAUCGCGAAGCUGCAGCGCGAGCACGGGCCGCUCUUCGCGGCCGAGAACCUGGGCAACAUCGCGGCCAUCACGACGCAGCACGCGAAGCCAGCCUUCGAGCACGGCGGUUGGGCCGCCCCGGCGGACCGGCCGCUCUCCUCGACCGCGGCGCAGAUGUCGAUCCAGUACGCCGCCGCCGCGCAGCUGGUCGACCGCGAGGUGCUGAUGGCGCAGUUCGGCGCCGACCGGCUGAACCGGCCCUUGCUGCGCGAGAUCAUGGCCAAGGUCACGCCCACCCACAACCCGGCCUUCGACGGCGACCGGCGCAAGGGGUGGCGGACGGUCGUGACGGUGCGGUUCGCCGGCGAAAAUGCCACGACCGUCGAGACCCUGGUCGACUGGCCCCGGGGCAUCCUGCCCCCCGCGUCCGACGAGGAUAUCGUGGACAAGUGGCGCAUGCUCGUGCGGGACGUGCUCGACGACGACCGGCGCGAUCAGAUCGAGAAGUGCGUCCUAGGGCUGGAGAACCUGGCGGACGUGAGAGAGUUGAUCGCGCUGUUGGAGGGCACGGUGAAGUGUCCCAUCGUGGUAUGA